AUGAGUAAUAUUUAUAUUCAAGAACCGCCGACUUGUGGAAAGGUUUUGCUUACCACAACAGUUGGUGAUAUAGACAUUGAAUUGUGGUCUAAAGAAACUCCUAAAGCAUGUAGAAAUUUUGUUCAACUUAUAAUGGAAGGAUAUUAUGAUGGUACCAUUUUUCAUAGAAUAGUGAAAGGAUUCAUAGCCCAAGGAGGUGAUCCAACUGGAACUGGCCAGGGUGGAGAAUCCAUAUAUGGGCAACCCUUUAAAGAUGAGUUUCAUUCGAGGUUACGAUUCUGUCGCAGAGGUUUAGUUGCCAUGGCAAAUUCUGGAAAAAAUGAUAAUGGCUCACAGUUUUUUUUCACAUUUGCACCUUGUACAGAGCUUCAAAAUAAACACACAAUUUUUGGCAAAGUUACUGGGGAAACAAUUUACAAUAUGAUUAAAUUAGAAGAAGCAGUGACAGAUGAAAAUGAAUGUCCUUUAUAUCCCCAAAAAAUCAUAAAAGCUGAAAUAUUAAACAAUCCUUUUCCGGAUAUUGUUCCACGCUUCUUGCCGGAAAAAAAGAUAAAGAAAAAAAAGAAAGAAAAAGCUGAAGCUGGGAUAAAGAAUUUUAAAUUAUUGUCUUUUGGUGAAGAAGCUCAAGAGGAUGAGGAAGAAAACAAAGAAGCUAAUUUAAAUCUACCAUGCAAAAGUAAAUCAACUCAUGAUGUUUUAAAUGAUCCUGACCUUAGUUCUAAAACAAUAAUAGAAGAAAGUAAUUUUUUUUCAAAUGAAAUUGAAACUGAGUCAAAAAGUUCUAAUUUGGAUGCCGCUACUGUCAAAAAUAAAAUAAAAAGAAAAUUUGAAAUUUUAGAAAAAGCAAAGAGUAAAAAAGAAAAUAAUGAAAAAUGUGAUAAUCCAGAAAAUGAAUCUUCUGAGUCAAAUGUAAAUUUAAAAAAACAAAAAUUGCAAGAAAUUCAUAAAGAAAUUGAGUCUCUUAAAAGAGAUUAUCAAAAGAACAGAAUAAAAAAGAAUGAAGUGGUUGAACAAAGGGAAACAAAAAAAAUAGAAAAUGAUAAAACGAUGGAAAAUAAUGAAUUGGUCAAAGAAUACAAGAACAAUUUGGAAAAAUACAGAAAUUUAAAGAAUAGCAUACCUAGUAAAAGAAGUGACAGAGAAAGCAUGACGUUAAAACUUUUAGAUGGAUUCAAAAAAACAUUACAAAACAUAAAAGAUAAAACGGAUGACAAAGAAACAUUUUUACAUAAUUCUCCCGCAGAAGCAGAAGAUAAAAAUGAAAACUAUGAUAAUAAAUCAUGGUUAGCUCAUAAAUUGAAUUUUGAAGGUGAAAUGCCAGUCAUUGCAAAAGACGCAAACACAAAAAAUGAUGAUUGGUUUGAUAUAACAGAUCCUAGAAAUCCCAUUAAUAAACGAAGGCGGGAAAAAAAAAAAUAG